AAAUUGUCAUCCUUUCCUAGCACAGCCUCUACAUCACAGGAAGACCAUGAAAGCAAUUCAGAAUCCACCUCCUCGAGGAAAUUGAGGGUAACUCUGUUAAGCAGGGAAUGGCGAUCAACAAAAGGAGGCUUGUCAACCAUCAACCGAGAGGUGGCCAUUCAGUUGGCUAAACACCCCAGCGUGGAGGUCAGUGUUUAUCUUCCUCAGUGCAGCGAAGAGGAUAAACGAGUUGCUGCAAGUCACAAUGUUCAUCUCAUUGAAGCAGAUGAAAUGGCAGGUUAUGACCCUGUUGACUGGUUGUCCUUUCUUCCUGAAAACCAUGCAGUGGAUUGUGUGAUAGGACAUGGGGCUGUUCUUGGUCGGCAAGUGCAGGGUAUAAAACGACAUCGUCAUUGUAAGUGGAUUCAGGUCGUUCAUACAGCUCCUGAAGAGCUUGGUAUGUACAAGUCCUACGCAGAUGCCAUCUCAAGAGGCGAGAAAAAGCACCAGGCUGAGGUAAAACUCUGUGAAAAAUCUGAUCAAGUUGUAGCAGUUGGUCCUAAGCUGGCUGAAGCUUUCUCAGGUUAUCUCCGUGCCUGUGGAAAGGAUCAAGAUGUUCUUAAUCUUACCCCAGGUAUCUUCUCUGAGUUUUCUGAUGUAAAGCAAGCCACUGAAGAGAGAAAAACAUUCAGUGUUUUAGUGUUUGGACGUGGUGACAAUGAAGACUUUCAGCUGAAAGGAUAUGACAUCGCAGCUCGUGCUAUUGCCGAGUUGAAAGACGAGCCACAGCCCUAUAAGCUCUUGUUUGUUGGAGCUCCAAGUGGAGAAGAGGAGAAAGUGAAAGAUUUGUUACUCCAGCAAGGCAUUGAUCGCAGUCAACUAGCUGUGCGUUGUUUUAAUGAAAGCAGAGAGAAGCUAGCCCGUUUGUUUUGUGAAGUAGAUCUUGUUAUAAUGCCAUCACGAACUGAGGGCUUUGGUCUUGCCGCCCUUGAGGCCUUAUCUGCUGGUCUGCCUGUGCUAGUUAGUGGGAACUCUGGUCUUGGCGAGGCCUUACAGGAAGUUCCAUAUGGUUCAAAUUGUGUGGUGGAAUCAGAAGAUCCUAAAGAUUGGGCCAAUGCAAUCAAAGCUGUUCGGAAGAAAAAAAGGAAGCUGCGACUGAGAGAGGCCAAGCUUCUUCAAGGAGAGUAUGCCGAUAUAUACAGAUGGCAGGACCACUGUAAUAGACUUGUGGAACGAAUGCUUGCCAUUUCUCAAGGUAACAGGUUCACUUUUUUAAUUCAAAUUGGUCUUGGUAUUGUGUAUUGCGCUGGCAUUAGGAAAUGUACAUGUGUAAGUUUACGCAGUUACAAUGACAACAUUAGUGAAAACUUCACAACGAUAAAUUUGUCUCUCUCUUUUAAUAAAUCCACCAGAUAAGUCCGCCUACAUACAUUUGCCAAUUUCAGAGAGUAUCAAAAUUGCAAUACCUUUUAACAUUAUUCCCAUCCCUGAGGGCCAUCCCUGAGGGUCAAAACUAAAGAAUUAUUGUAUAUGUGUACUCCAUUUGUAGGUUCCAGUGCAGAUGAGCAGAAUUUAUCUAUGAAAGCCACUGUGAUCUGUCAUUAUGAAAAACCCUCUCCUUCUGAAAAACGUCUUCAUAAAGGUACACUUGAAUCUUAGAAACAUGUGCAAUAUGUCCACAAGAGCAAUUCAUUGUUUUCUAUGUAGGAAAGUCUGGGAGAUGUACUUUAAUUUCGGCUUAAUGAUUAUUCCUUGCGGGGAUGUUAAAGAAACAACAAAUGGUCGAAGCAUUGAACAAGAUUCGUUUAAAACUGACUUACAAGGUCAAAACGUCUUCACACUGGUUAUAGGUUAACAAUGUGAGAUAGCGACAAAUAAUGCUCGUUUAGGUUUACUUUUCUCGUGCUAAAUAUCGUAAUAGACUACAACAAAAGGAAAUUGCGUUUUAACAUAUACACGGUAGGGUUGGUCUUUUUGUGACGGUUAUUCUAAGUGAAAUUUUGCCCAGUUAGGUAAUUUCCAGAAUCAGGGGAACUUUGGCUUGUGGAAUCUGAAAUCCAGAAAACGUUUUCUUUUGGAAUCCAGAAUCCUAGGCUUCGGAAUCCGGAAUCGAAUUCAAGGAAUCUGGAAUCUCGCUAAUGAUUGGAAUCCGAAAUCCAAGUUCCGCUGACAAGGAACCCGGAGUCCAGUACCUAAAAUCCAGAAUCUAAGACUGUUUUGGUGGUGGAAUUGACCUGCUCUGUGUUUCUGUUUGAUUACCGUAAAUUCUCUUUUAAGCCCCCCUCUCUCAAAUAAGCCCCCUGUCUGUAGUAACCCCUACCCUUUUAAAGGGAAGAAAGUUAAUAAGCCCCCCUCCCUCUCCUUCCCUCCCCUAAUUAUUCUUCACUAAUAAACGAUAGACUUUAUUAAUCAAUCACGACUGUAAAACUUCGUGUGGACUGAUAGCCCCGGUAGUCUGUUUAGCCUACGAGAAACCGCGUUCUGAAAGCGUCUUCAGGGAGGUACAUGUGAAUUCCCUAUUUGAAAUAAAAGCAUACAAACACAAGUUUUGUAGGGAAUUUAGCUGGGGUGUGUAUGGGCAAACAUAGUUGGAUGAUCACUAGUCUGGUUUAAUUUCAGGUUCAAAAAAGGGGAAAAGGCCUUCGUCUCCAAGUAACACUCCAGCAUCAAAAGUCCCAAAAUGUUUAGGAGAUGAAGGUAAAGUUUGUUUAUGCAUGAUAAAGUUUAUAACUGUCUUAGUACUGAAAGCAACAUAGGAAGUAGAAAGCUCUGCAUGGACAAACUUGUGUUCGUAAAAUCUUUUGUGCUUCCUGUCACACCCCUUCCCCCUCCUGCUUUAGAGAUGGAUACUCAAGAUGCUGGAGUCACUGUCAUUCGUUUAGUGGCAAGACUUAAACUUCUCAUUUUUUUCGCACGCUCUCUCCAUUUCGUGCGUGUUUCAUAUUCCGCAAAGUUCUUCGCAGUCUGGCGCAUUUUGUCAAACUGUGGUCAAGUCCUGUUCUUGUCAAUUCCUUGCGAGAUGGUUUAUGGGGAAGGGUUUAGUACCUAAUGAUUUAUUUGUGCGAAGGUAGUGUGGCAAAACGAAGAGAUACUUUUCUGGUUUGAUUGUUUGCUUUUCAACUGAUUUUAUGUGGUAAACAGGCCUCAGGAAUUCAGAAGCUGAAGUAUAUUAAGUCUUUUACCCCUAGACCAAGUUAUGGCGAGAUGAUUUGUCAUUCUAAGUUUUACAUUUGUGAAAAAACCCAAUGGUGUUACCAUUUAAAUGACUCCUUUUUGGUAGAACUUUUACUCAGUGCUAUUUAUUUCUUGGGAUUUCACUAAAAAAUAUCUGGAAUCUUUGUGAGUUUUCCCUUUUCCACUUUUAGUACUCUUAGGAGUGAAAUGCUGUCAACUCCGAUUUGUGGAUCCUCCUUUAUGUAAAUGCAGAAGUGACUGAACAUUGAUUCCUCAAAAAAUAAUGCAGUUAGUUUCUCAGUGGUGCUGCGUGCAAGGGUGAAAUACACCCAAAAAAUGGUUUUAUCAACUGAGUCGACACUGGUAAAUUGGCCACCUGGAAGAGGUUUUAAAGCAUACUUCUCGAGAGCUAACCUCGCGUUAGUUGUUUUCAUUAUUCAACAUUUUCUUUUAAGGCCUAUCUGUAGUAAAAUACAGUCGAACCUUCAUGUGCGACUACCUCUCGUAAGCGACCACUUCUCCAAAACACCAAACGUUACCCAGUCGAAGCCUUACAGUUGGAACGACCACCUCCUGUAAGCGACAGCAACUACUUUUUGGAGCUGACGGUUUUAUAGUUUUUUAUUGUUUUUUACCUCUCCAUGAUCUGAUCUCUAUGCUAGCUAUGUGUACCAUACCACUCAGUGUAUAUAAAGAACUUUUAGCGUCAACAUAAAUCUACACAUACAUGUAUCGUAACUAAGAAAUUGCAUGCAAAACAGAGUCAGGACCUUUUCUCGAAAGAGACCCCUUGUUGUUCGAUUCUUGUAAGUGACCACGUCCCGUAAGCGACCUUUGACUCUCAACAUUUUGGGUAGCGAUUUAUGUACAACAGAACAGUCAGGAAGGGAAAACAUAAACAAUGACGUCGGCGAAGACUUUAGCAGCGUAUUAUUUUAACUCCCACUAAAUACUCAAUGUAAAGAGAGUUUACCGUCAUUUCAUGGAACAAAGGGAGGACAACAUUUGACAAAUACUCCGUUCGUAGCGUCAAAUCCUCUUGUUUGUUGUUACUGACAGAUAUUUCCGAUCUCCUUGUUUCCAACAGGUUGGGACAUCUUGGUUCUUGAGAAAUUGUUAAAAAAGGAAUACAAAAGGCGCUCGCAGCUAAGACCACUUCUUUGGGAUAGCACCAUCCAGUUGCCCAUACAACAAGUCUACACAAGACUGAAAAUCGUUUCAAGAGGAAAAUUGACCAUCCAGAUGGAUGACGACGAGGUGAAUGUGUUCGACAUCUUCGAAUUUCCUGGUAGAGGUGAGGAUGUUAUGACGAUAGUGGAAGGAAGUCCAGGAAUCGGUAAAACUACGUUUUGUCUCAAACUUGCUUAUGACUGGGCUCAUGGAAAUAUCCCAUCGGAGUGCUCCUUUCCCAAAUUUGAAUUUGUGUUUCUCCUCAAAUGUCGUGACAUUGAUGGAGAUAUAAUGGAAGCUGUUAGUGAACAGCUUUUGCCCAGAGGAAGGGAGAAGUCUGUGGAAAAAUUGUUGCACUUCAUGAAGGACAUUCAUAACCAGGAGAGAUUGAUUUUAAUCAUUUUGGAUGGAUUGGAUGAGCUACCUGAACAAUCACGGUACCAUGUUGAUGAACUGCUUCACAGAAGAAUUUUACCAUUUUGCUAUGUCCUGGCGACGUCACGACAAGAAAGAGGAAUUGAGGUACGAAAAACCUUUGUCUUCGACAUUCAUUUGGAAAUCAAAGGCUAUACAGAAAGUGAUUCGAUUGCGUACGUCAGAAGGCACUUUGAAACCAUUGGUCAGUUACCAAAGGGAGAGAGGCUCAUUGAGGAAAUGCAACAGAACACCUUCUUGCAUGCACUCCGAAAUAACCCGCUAAAUUUACUUCUUCUAUGUGUUAUUUUCGAAGACUAUGAGGGAAAAUUGCCAACAUCCCGGACGGAACUAUACCAAGUCAUUGUCCAAUGUCUUUUGAGACGAUAUUGUGCAAGACACAGUCUGGCGGUACCGAAAGAUAACACCACUUUACAAAAACGUUUUGAAGAAGAUGUUCUUGCUCUUGGAGAGCUGGCUUGGGCGUGCCUACUGAAUGAUCGUCAAUCUUUUUCCGAAGGAAAACUGGCAGAAUGUGAAGUCAAAAAUCAAAACAUGGUAGCUCGCAAAAUCGGCCUUCUUUACAUGGAAGAAAGCAUGAAGAGGAUAAGCCCACAACACGAGUAUUGGUUUCUUCACAAGACCUUCCAAGAAUAUUUAGCAGCUGCUUUUAUAACGCGCAAGCUACAAAAAGGAGAACUAAAUGUGUUUCAGUACACGACGUUUGAUGAUUUGGUCGGAAAAUAUCUACAGGUUUUUCUUUUUGUUUCUGGUAUGCUGGGCGGGAAAGCAACUGUGCUAUUCACUCAGAUUGGGGAGAAGUUAAAUGAGAAGGGAGACUGGGACUGGAGCAAGUGCAGCGAGCAGGCGGCAACGUUCUUGGUGGAAAGCUUUAGAGAAAGUGGACACGCUGAAGAAAUUGCGGUUACUCUUUGUAGCAUUAUACCUUUUCCAGAGGAAGUAUUUCUUCUUGAUAAAGAUGUUUAUCCCUUUGCUCGGGUUUUAAUAGCUUGCAAAAGUUUUUCAAACUUACAAUUUCCUGUUAAACUUACGGCUGCAGCUGGGACGGUGGAUUCAGAAAAUGACGACGUUGUAUUUCACUGUAUAGAAUGCAUCUCCAAGCUGACAACCGUUAGGCUUAAACUUCCCGCCUUGUUUCGUCAGGGAUCACCUAAUAAGGAUCGUCUUUAUAAAUGGUUAUCUGCAAGCAAGAGUUUAUCAGAGUUUACUCUCAAAUCGCUAUGGAAUGACAGCGAAGACGUGCCUCUUCUACUGUGCAAUGGGUUGGCUUCUUGUCAAAGCCUGACAAAAGUAAAGUUUACGCUGGCUGGUGAGAAUAGCGGGGCUUAUUUCAAUGCUGUUGAUAUUGGAUUGUCUGCUGACAACCCGCUGUCGUCUAAGAUUGUUCUCGAGAUAUAUGGCCCAAUUAAUCACACUGCGAUACAAGCCUUACAGAAGCUAUUAACAAAUAAAUCUUUGAUAUCCCUUUCCCUUUACAUUUGUGGAGGUGUGCUGGAUUUAUUAGUUGCUGCUGUCAGUAAUGCUUUCGCAAAGCACACAGCUUUGAAAUCUAUUGAUCUACGUCUUCGUGGAAAGCUGAGUUCGUCUGGUGUCCAUACCCUACAAAAAAGUCUGUUGGAAAAUACGUCUUUAAAUUAUUUGAAAGUGGUCGUCCUCGGUGAGGUCCCUGAUAACUGGCAGUCUGUUGUGGAAACCCUUUAUUCGUCAAAGAAGUCCCAAGUUACCUAUGUAUUUUGUCCAAACAUCGUGGGCAACAUAGCAGAAGAGCAUAUUGACCUUGUUUUGGCUGAAAAUGGAUUAGUACCAAAGCAGCACUUGACUGUUAGUGUUUGGGGUGAGCUGAGUUGUGAAGAGGCAAAAGCUCUAUGCAAAGUCUUGGUAAGUUCCUCUCUUGCUCUUUUGACCUUAAACGUGAACGGCAACUUGACUGAUGAUGUAAUUAUUUCCAUCGCAAGUGGCUUGAAAGGGUUGAAGACACUCUCUUUCCUGUUCGUCAACAUCUGGGGCAAUUUGUCAUUGGAGGGAAGAACAAUUCUCUCCGCACUAACAAACCUUAGCGUUCAUUUAAAUGUGCAUACAACACCAGAGGAAUCGAACCUUUUACUUGAUAUCUCUUUAGAUAAUCGUUCGGCACUGAGAUCGUUUUUCGCUAAAGUCAAGGAUACAAGCAAAGAAAAAAUCAGUCUUACAAUCAAUGACAACAGUGAUGCCAUUAAGGAAUGGGCACAUCAUCUAAGUGAUGCUUUGGCAGAAAAGACCUCACUGACUGCUCUGGAUCUCACAUUAAACAACUGCUUGAUGGAUGGAAACUUAGGAGAAGACGUUGGGGAACUUUUAGUGCAAAGUACUUCAAUUAAAACUCUUAGUCUCACAAUCAGCUGCAGUGACAUAAAAGGAUUGGUACGUACACUGAGUGCCUGCUUUGCUAAACGAACUUCUUUUACCACUCUCAGUCUGGAAAUAAACGACUACAGUGAGGCAGCUGGGUUUCGCCGGACUAAAAUGACUAACAUUUUGGCGGCAAUCAAACCAUUAUCUACCCUGUCUGUUGCAGUCCAUAGUCGUAGCAUGGUUCCAUUUUGGGAAAGGGUUGUGGGUGACUGUUUGCGAAAGUGUACGUCGCUUAAAAGUCUCAGUCUUGCAAACAAUACAGGAUAUGAUCACGUGGCGCAGGAAAGUACUUAUACCUUUAGGAGCGCUUUAGCUGAAACAACCUUAUUAAAUACACUCAGUCUGGCAGCUUCUUUAAACUAUUAUCAAUUGAAUUCCAAUGAGUCUUUUUUAAAAUGCGUGGAUAAAUUAAAUACGUCAUUAACCACCCUUACGGUUACUCUGUCAGUUGGUGAGUUCCUCAAGAGUACUGCAUACGCAGCUUCCAAAGGGUUCCCAACAGGACUGUCGAAGAACAAGUUUAUAACGACAUUAAAUCUCACAAUAAAUGAAUUCGGUGAAGGCAUAUCCUGUAUAGGAUCGCUUUUAUGGUACCUUGGAGUGUUUGAAGGUUUGGCACAAAACACAUCAGUAACCACAUUCAAUUUGACACUCAGCAGUAGCAGAGAAGUGAGUGAUGAUUGGUUACCAGGCCUUUGCCACGCUUUGAAGAAAAACACCUCACUGACAACACUGAGAUUGAAAGUCAACAACCAUUGUUCGACAGGCAAAAGUCGUUUAUAUGACCUAAGAAAACUUGCGUUAGAAAGCAAAUCAUUAUCCUUACUUGAACUCGAGGUAAGUUUUUAUGGAAAAGAAAGUGACUAA